AUGAAAAUAUUACCUGAAUAUGUGAAAGGAAAGGACAGUGAAGAAGAUAUAUUGAUACGUGAUAAGAAUUGUGUAGAAGAAAAGAACAAUAAGCUGUUCUUUUCUCCUGAAAAAGGAACAAAAGCAUACGAUUUCUUUCAGAAGACCGUGAAUGCGGCACAAACCUGGUUCAGUCUCUUUGGUUGGCCCCAAGGACCUCACUCUUUCUCCAUUCCAGAGUCUAUAAGAAGGGAUGUGUGUAAAAUGCAAUUCUACUCAUCAUCAUCCAAAAGAGUUUCCAGACAGAAUGACUUUUCCAGAUAUAAUAAAACUAUUUAUGAUGUGAUACUCCACUUGAGUGGAAGAUUGCCAUUUGGAAUUAAGUCUGGUCAGGCAUUACCUGUGGAGAGUCCUGAACGACUAAAGCAACUUUACUUGCAGCAUAAUUCACUUCUCUCAAGUCUUAUCUCUCGAGGAGCAUAUCUUUCAAAUAUACGACCAGAAUUUCUGUUUGAACCAAAAGAUUAUAAAAACUGGAUUGAAAUGACUGUUUCCAGUGAUGAUAUGCCUGUAAAUUCUUAUACUUCUAAGGAAAAUAAUCCUUUUAUUAUAGAUUUAGCUGACUUUGAAGGCUUGAGUAAAUGGGCAUGGACAGAAGUAUUCCUUCAAAUGUACAAGGUACCUUUUACACUCAAACAAAUAAUCCCUUCUUGUGCAGUUAAUAUGCCCAAAGUUUGCCACCAGAGCUCCCCUAAAUAUGGUCCGCAUUUUGGGUUCAGCAACAUAUAUUCACAUCCUGAAAAUCUUUUGCUUGGUUGGAUGAAUGGAAAUUAUGAGAAUACUCGGGAGAUUGUGUGGGGAAAUAGUCACUUAGGUGGAAUUCCUUCUAAGAAAUGGAUAACAAAUUUUGACAAAGACCUUUCAGAUGGCCUUGUUUUGGCAUCACAGAUAGCAACCUAUUGCCCAUAUUGGAUUGAAUCUCACUUUGCAUAUAUGUAUACACAACCGAAGAUUCCUGAUCAGUAUCGGAACAAUUCUCUUAUUGUUGUUAAUGUUCUUCGUGAAAUUGGAUUUAACAUGAACAUUCAAGCAGAAGAUAUCUGUGAUCCAAACCCGGUGUUAAUGCUCAUGCUUUGUGCUUACAUGUAUGAAAGGCUCCCUACAUUCCUUCCCAGGAAAGUGGUGACUUUCCAUGCUGCUCUAUAUGAGAUCGUGACGAGACAGAUUAUGGUGACAAAUCCAAGCAAGAAAACCUUAACUUAUAAUGCUUUAAUUGUUGGUCGAGAUGCUAAAUACUUCUCACUCUUACAAACAGAGAAAAUUGUGCAAGUGCCUCCAAAUGAUACUCAGAAUAAAGACAAAGAUGACACUACAAAGAGUCAUUCUCAGUUCCAGCAGUCCUUAAAAACUUCCAUUAGUGCUAACUUUAUCAGGGAGUUCUUCUCUUCCACACACUCUGUUUAUUUGGAAGCAAAAGAAUGUUCAAAACUAGAGAUCUUCUUCCUCCCUUUUGACUUCCAAACACGUUAUUGUGUCAUCAUUCUGAGCAAUCAAAAGAUUGGAGAAUUAGUAUACAUUGUGGAAGGAACAGGCAUGAUUCCAUUGCCUUCUCCGUUGAUUCCAACAACUCUUUCACAUCCACUUGACAACAACAGUUAUCCCGAAAAAGGGCAUAAUAGUGAAGAUGCAACUAUGUAUUUGAACUGUGCUUAUGGUUCAACACUGGACACUGAGCUUAGAUUGCCACUGACCAAUGAAGCCAAGGAAGAAGCUUUUAUUUUUGCAGCACAGAAGCAGAUGUCAGAACUUGAGUAUAAGCGAAGGAUGGUAACAGGUACUCUGGAGAGCAGCAGUAUCCGCGUGGCCGUUGGCAUCCUAGGACUAACCAUGAAUGAGUCUCAAAUGCUCUUUACUGCCUCAGAGUUGAAGAAGCCUAGGACCAUUUUAUAUAAGACAGAAAUGAGUCUUCCAGAUUAUUUUGAAAUUCCCGAUCAAGUACUCAUUCCACAGAUUCCAGAUAUUCUAGAUAAACACCAUCCUCCUAACUUUUCAGAGGAACAAGACCACUUGACUCUUGGCUUGUUUUAUAAGCUGAUAAUGGAGAUUGUUUCAUGGUUAGAUGUGGCCUAA